AAGACUACAGCCAUUGAUCAGUAGUGGUUAACUUGGCAAACUAUGGGGGCGUAGGGACAUUUUGAGAUUAUAAUGGUAGUGUGUAAUGGCACCUACUCUACAAAAUAUUAAUAUAACUCUGGAAGUUCCAUUAUGCAUCUGGACAGUAUUUAUAUGGGGAGAUGUAACUCUUACGGACUCAGACUAAAGAGGGACCAAGACAACAGGGCAAAAGCCAGACCUUCGACACAUCUCAAACCAUCAUGAAGACUACCUGCUUGGCUCUUGGGUUAUUGCUGCUGACAGUGUUCCAUUCCUAUGCUACCCCUCUUGGACUGCAAACAUCACCAGAAAGCUGCUGUUUCCGCUUCCUCAAAGUGAGUGUCCCCCACAAAAAGAUUGUCUCAAUCCAGAAGACUCACAGUGGCUGCCCCCUACCAGCAUUUGUGGUCAAAACUGUCAAGGGGAAAUUGAUUUGCUUCCAGUCGAGUGAGCGGUGGGUACAGAAAGCCUUCAACCGGCUCAAAUAGCCAGCAGCUGUGGCCACAUGUAGAGGCAUUGAGAGUUCCAGUCAUCCUUGACAACCUCCUCAUCAUCAUGACUCAAGCCUCACCAGCUCCAUGAAGACUACUCUAUCCUCGACAUACAAGCAGAGACAGAGUUUUAAUGUAGCUCACUGGAUGGCACCAAACGGUUGGUUAUCAUCUUACCCCAUGUUUCACUGUAUAUGUUCACUUUACUAUAAAAACUUUCAGAACUAUUUCCUAUAACACUUAACAAUAAGGGACAUGUUUAUCACUUUGAAAUGCAGCAAUAACUAUUUUGCAAUAUAUGGAAUUGAUAUGAGUUAAGAUGCACAUGCACGUUAUUGUGUUUUAAUGUACUGUAUGUGAGAAUCCACUGCUUUAAUAAAAGGAGAGGAAACAUUUCACUUAAGCAUAACCUUCUCAUCUUUAAUAUUAAUAAUGUACAGUUAGAGAGAACAGAUGAUAAUAAAAUGAAGAACAGAAUAAAGCUGAAGAGUGUAGAUAUAUAUAAAAAAUAAAAAUAAAAAAACAA